AUGUAUCAGCCUGGCGCACCCCUUCAUUCUGAAUACCACGGUGCUGGACGUGGAGAGUAUCCUCCUCCUCCUCCUGAAGGUUAUUAUCCCCAUCCUCCCCCAAUGCCUCCACAUAUGGCUCCACCUCCACCUGGUCACAUGCACCACCCUUAUUACGAUUAUCAUCAUUCCCACCAUUAUAUGCCAUAUCACCCCGCUUCUAUGAACCCAAACAUAGCACCUCCAGUUCCCCCUCCAGCACCACCUGACUUUGGGGAUAAACGAUCAAAAGCUAACGCGCACACACCAACAUCCGAGGGUAUUGAUAAGAACAAGAUUUCGACUUUCAUAGCAAAAUCAACUGUACCAAUCUUACAUAAAGCACGAUUCAAAAAAGAACGGUUUGGUACCUUUGAUUCACCGACAGCAGGGGAGGAUGAAGAUAAAAGGACAUACACUCUCAUAGUUAGUCAGCAACCUUUGCGCGCUCGAAUGUGUGGAUUUGGUGAAAAAGAUCGACGACCGAUCGACCCACCGCCGAUCGUACAAUUAGUAGUAACUGAUGAGAAGGGGAUUCCUGACUCUGGAAUGUUGCAAAAUCCUUUUUUCGUCCUUCAUGUUACACUUUGGUCUGAAGAUGGUCGAGAAGAACGAAAUGUGAUUAGCAACCCACCAAAAACAACGCGAGUACUUAUGGGAUCACUUGUUUCUUCUCCAGCUAUUCUUAAGAAUACCACAGGAGAACAAGGAUGUUACUUUUGUUUUCCGGAUCUCUCUAUACGUACAGAAGGGAAAUAUACUCUAAAAUUUUCUUUGAUGAAGCUGGGAACUGAAGACCGACUAAUUAAUACAAGAACAGAAAUAAUCGCUAAUACGUACUCCGACCCUUUUACUGUAUAUUCAGCAAAAAAAUUUCCUGGGAUGACAGAAUCAACGGAACUAUCCAAAGCUUUUGCAAAGCAGGGGUUAAAAAUUCCAAUUCGAAAUGAUGUACGCCCGAGGAAAAUUACUGAAGAUUAA